AUGGCCUCCACCAAUACAUUGAUGAGCUGUGGCAUUGCCACUGCUUUCCCUUCACUCCUAUCAUCUUCAAAGUCCAAAUUUGCCUCUUCAAUUCCACUUCCUAGUGUCAAUGGCACCUCUCGUGUCACCAUGUCAGCUGACUGGAUGCCUGGCCAGCCUCGUCCACCUUACCUUGAUGGCUCAGCCCCAGGUGACUUUGGGUUCGACCCACUUAGACUGGGUGAGGUCCCUGAGAAUCUCGAGAGAUUCAAGGAGUCUGAGCUCAUUCACUGCAGAUGGGCUAUGCUUGCUGUUCCUGGAAUCCUAAUACCAGAGGCCUUAGGUCUGGGCAACUGGGUGAAAGCUCAAGAGUGGGCUGCAACCCCAGGUGGCCAAGCUACUUAUUUGGGCCAACCAGUUCCAUGGGGGACCCUCCCUACCGUCUUGGCCAUUGAAUUCGUUGCCAUCGCCUUUGUGGAGCACCAACGUAGCAUGGAGAAAGACCCAGAGAAGAAGAAGUACCCUGGCGGUGCUUUUGAUCCUCUGGGCUACUCCAAGGACCCUAAGAAGUUCGAGGAAUACAAAGUCAAAGAAAUUAAAAAUGGUCGUCUAGCACUGUUGGCAUUUGUUGGGUUCUGUGUGCAGCAGUCAGCUUACCCUGGCACUGGACCAUUGGAGAACUUGGCAACUCACUUGGCUGACCCAUGGCACAACAACAUUGGGGACAUUAUCGUCCCUAGAACGCUUUCGCCUUGAAAAAUCAAAUCUUGCUUCGAGUAUCUACUGUAAAUUCCAUGUAACCAUGAAAUGCUGUGAAAUUUAUUGCUCUAUAGGCCAUGCCUCUAUGAUCAACAGUGGGAUUUGUUUUAGUUGUUGUUCAGAAUUCUGUAAAUCCUCAUCACCGGACAGAACCCCUGAUGUGUUGUCGGCCGAGUGAUAAAUAGGUUUGCUAUCAAUGUUGUUACUAUCGCGAGAUAGAAUAAAAGAAAAGAUAAAAAAUAAUUUUUUUAAUAAA